AUGUUCUCUCGCCCGGCUAUCAAACUGAAGAACAGACUUCCUACCUCAGCUUACCGCAUUUCCAAGCUCUCCACAGUCCGAACAACUCCAUCCGUCCACCCCACUAAGACCACCACUAUCAACAGCCUCAACAACCUUAAUCACUUCAACCAAACACGCAAAAUGUCUUUCUUUCCACGUUUAGCCCAUCCUUCUGGCGACUUUACUCCUCUUUUCCGUCUCCUAGACGACUAUGAGAGCCACCGCUCUGGCACUGAAAGCGCCUCCUCCAGUACCUUGCGCUCUUUCGCCCCUCGCUUCGACGUCCGCGAGACAAAGGACGCCUACCACCUUGACGGCGAGCUACCAGGAAUUGCCCAAAAGGACAUCGAUAUCGAGUUCACUGACGCACAAACUCUCGUCGUCAAGGGCAGGUCGGAACGCGAAUAUUCCGCCUCCUCCGGCGGUGACGAAGAGCCUUCCGAUGCUGGCCAUGGGGGCAAGAAAACCCGCCAGGCAACCGUGGAGGACGAGGAUGCGUCAUCGACGACCGCCGUGACGAAGACGGGCGGCAAGUCGAAGGAGGUCGGUUCCCCUCUGCGCGGCGGGAUGAAGUAUUGGGUCAGCGAACGCUCUGUGGGUGAGUUCAGUCGCUCAUUCAACUUCCCCACCAGAGUCGAUCAGGACAAAGUGAAGGCUUCAUUGAAGAAUGGGAUCUUGUCGAUUGUUGUGCCGAAAGCGGCGGCGCCGACCUCGAAGAGGAUCAAUAUUGAGUGA